AUGGGUAUUUCGGCGCGUCUCCUGCGCCUGGGAAGGCCAAAAAGAUUCCUUUACACAAUGACCCUUCAAACCGGUGCCAGCCUGAUUACGCUCUCUCUUCUCAUCAAUAAACUCGCCGGUUUCUACGGCAUUCUUGCACUGUUGACCGGAUAUCAUCUAUCGCCCUUUCAGCUCAGCAUGUACGUCUACUCGGUCAUCGCUCUAAUUCUUACGGCCUACCUCGCGCCUCAUAUCAGGAAACAAUCUCCUCUUCAAUGCCUCGCCCUCGCUUGGUUUUAUGUUCUCGACAGCAUUAUCAACGCAGUAUACACGAUAGCUUUCGCUCUAACGUGGUUCUUGGUUCUGGCACAGCAUGAAACGGAGCAGACCGACAAGAAGGAACCUGGCGCUUCUACGAUGGAUGAUGCAAGUGGAUUCACGGAUCCUCAGCUCAAUGCGAGCCGAGUUGAGGUCGUUGCUACGCCACAAUCAGGCUUUGGAGAUGGUCAAGAUGCUGUCGCCGCUGGUGUUCCGGCCUCCUCCCCAUUAGGCGGCGGAGGCAAUGGAGCUCUGCAAAAUGCUGUUUUGGGGACGGAAAGCAUGAACAGCAUUGGAGUUAUCAUCACUCUGUGGACGAUCCGCGCCUAUUUCUGUCUUAUCAUGCUCGCAUUUGCCCGGAUGGUGAUCCGUCAGCAUGUCGUCUCUACUGGUACCCAAUCGAGUUCCUACACAAGCGCCUCGCCCAACCCCCACUUGGCCGAGAACCCAUUUGCUGAAUCGAAGCCCGAGGGCAAGGGUUGGACGGGAAAAUUGGGCCGGAUUAUGCUCAGCAUUGGCCGAAGCUACUGGCUAGGAAGUGAUGAAGAUGAUAGCUGGAUGUAUGGGAUGAAAUUCCGCAAGAGCACCGACACUGGCACAAUGCUCAGCAAAAUCGAAUCUGGACCGACGGAGAGAGAACGAAGAAGACGUUCGGGAACGGGUCCGCCACUUCCGGGAACAGGUGUAGUACCGGCCAAAGAGGGUGACGGGAUGACUUUGCAGGUUCCCACUCAGAAUGUGUAA